CGUCAGUUCCAAGUGUCAGCUGCAACUCAGCUGAUCGGAAGUGGCAAUGUAGAGUUGAAACAACAGGAGCUUUCGUGAGGGAGAAUAGACAUGGCCGAGACUAUAGCCGAUACACGGAGGUUGCUCUCCAAGCCACAGACUCUAAAUGACGCAUAUGGACCGCCAAGUAAUUUUUUAGAGAUUGACGUGAGCAACCCAGAGACGGUCGGCGUUGGCAGGGGCAGAUUCACUACCUAUGAGAUUAGACUGAAGACCAACCUCCCCAUUUUCAAGCUGAAGGAGUCGUGUGUGCGGAGGCGUUACAGUGACUUUGAGUGGCUCCGGAGCGAGCUGGAGAGGGAGAGCAAGGUCGUUGUUCCGCCGCUCCCCGGAAAAGCUUUAUUCCGGCAGCUGCCCUUCCGGGGAGACGAUGGAAUAUUUGACGAUUCCUUCAUCGAGGAGCGGAGGGUGGGUCUGGAGCAGUUCCUCAACAAGGUGGCGGGGCACCCCCUGGCCCAGAGCGAGCGGUGCCUCCACAUCUUUUUACAGGACGAGUCCGUAGACAAAAAUUACACGCCUUCCAAAGUCAGACAAGCCUAGACGCUUCAGGCCACUGCGAGAACCGAAGAGAACCCUGAAUUUUCACCACCCAAAGUCCCGCGCGACGGCUUUUCAGCUUCGGACAAACACCUUAUUAAUCAGUGUUAUUUUUAAGAAAUCACUUUGUUUUUCUCUGUCUUGAUUAUGUUUUGUGGUGCUUUCUGAAUCGCCUCUUAAUUGAAUCGAACACUGAAGCAACUGUGCAUAGCUGUUAACAAUGAAUGAUUUUUUUUUUUUUUUUCUUCUCGUGAAAGCACUAACGCAGUACUUUGUUAAUUGCAUUGCUCGAUCAUUUACAGUGUGAAUAUAAACAUCAAAUGAUAUGAAUUUCAAUAACACAGGACCCUCUGCAUGCGUUUCUCACUGUUUCUCACUACUCUUCUCCCAGUCCUGCUCAUUUGCCUCAUGGUUUAAUCACUGACAUUUUAUUAUUAUUUUUUUUCUCCAUUUGGCAUUGAGAAGAUAUGUCUCUGAUUCCUUCCAUGAUCUGAAACGUUUGUGUGUGUGUGUGUGUGUGUGUGUGUGUGUGUGUGUGUGUGUGUGUCGCCACCAGCACCUCCUUGGAGCCUGUAAAUGAUUUUGUAAUGGAUCAAAACCGGGAGUAAUGUCAUUUAUAUGGUGUACAUUUGAAAUUUGUAUAAUUGUUAUACCAUUUUGUUUACUUGACAUGUUCUCUCUCUCUCUCUUUUUUUUUUUUUCAAUAAAACAGUUCAAUCCCUCUCA